ACGCCAUGCUGUCCGUGUAGGGCGCGCGCUAGAGUUUGACACGCAGCCUCCGUCUGUUCUCCGUCGGUGAUGCGCCUCACUUCAGCACGAGCCUCCGUCACCGACGACAUGCUGAGAGAUUCGCGUCCGCGUUCACAUGGCUGCAGUGGUCAGAUGUCUGAUGUCUGUCGGAGGAAAUGAUCCAGACGAGCAGAACCAGAACCAGUCAAACACAAGGAGGCGCUGUCGGUGGUGAGUGAGGAUCCGUCUUUAUUCGAGUGUUCGUACGGAGCGCCUCAUUCGAAGAAGGACAUGACGGCGUCCACCGCUGGUGAAUACGGCCCGAGCAAACUCAGUCCCAGAGUGCAUCAGCAGGACUGGCUGGCUCCGCCCCCUGGACGCAUCACUGUCAAGCUGGAGUGUGGCGCGGGAUCCAGGGCCUCUCCUGAUGUGUGUGCUGUGGUGAAGGGGAAGAUCUCUCCAGUGAUGUACAGCAGCUUUAUGGAGGACAAGCACGCGGCACCCAACCAGACCAGCAGCGAGCGCAGAGUGAUCGUCCCUGCAGAUCCGAGCCUGUGGUCAGUGGAUCACGUGCGUCAGUGGCUGGAGUGGGCCGUGAAGGAGUACGGGCUUCCCGAGGUGGACCUGUCUCUCUUCCACAGCAUCGACGGGAAGGAGCUCUGCAAGAUGAACAAAGACGACGUCCAGCGUCUGACCAGCAGCUACACGGCUGACAUCCUGCUGUCUCACCUGCACUACCUCAGAGAGACUCCACUUCCUCACUUGACUUCAGAUGAUGUUGACAAAGCCUUGCAAAACUCCCCGCGGUUAAUGCAUGCUCGCAAUACAGGAGGAGCCAGCUUCAUCUUCCCAAACGCUCCUGUGUUCCCUCCAGACGCCAGCAGAGGGCCGAGCCGAGCGGACCUGGGUGUGGACGGCCGGCGCUCUGGAUGGACUCAGUCUCCGUCUGCAGCUAAAGUCUCUCAGAGCUCUGCUGCCAUCAUGACCAAACCUGAGGAGCAGAGAGCUCCGCUAGAUCCAUAUCAGAUUUUAGGGCCGACAAGCAGCAGGCUGGCGAAUCCAGGUUCGGGUCAGAUCCAGCUGUGGCAGUUCCUCCUGGAGCUUCUCUCCGACAGCUCUAACUCGUCCUGCAUCACGUGGGAAGGAACCAACGGCGAGUUCAAGAUGACGGAUCCGGACGAGGUGGCUCGGCGCUGGGGCGAGAGGAAGAGCAAGCCCAACAUGAACUACGACAAGCUGAGCCGAGCCCUGCGCUACUACUACGACAAGAACAUCAUGACCAAAGUGCACGGGAAACGCUAUGCCUACAAGUUCGACUUCCACGGCAUCGCUCAGGCCCUGCAUCCGCAUCCGCAUCCGCCCGAGUCCUCCGUCUACAAGUACCCAGCCGAGCUGUCCUACAUGAGCUCGUACCCACAGAAGAUGAGCUUCGUGUCUCCACACACUCCGGCCAUGAGCGUGUCCUCGCCGGGCUUCUUCAGCGCUCCGAGUCCGUACUGGAGCGCUCCGGCGGCCGGACUCUACAGCGGCCCUCGACACCCCCCCGCACACAUGCCCUCACAUCUGGGAUCCUACUACUAGAUGCCCACCACAUCUCCAGA